UUGAACUCCUGACCUCGUGAUCCACCCGCCUCGGCCUCCCAAAGUGCUGGUAGAAUUACAGGCGUGACCCACUGCGCCUGGCCCUUUCUAACAUUUUUCUAGAGGGCAAAUCUGAUCAUUCCCCUGCUUAAAGUCUUCAUAGAUUCCCUGGCUCUCCUCAGUUUAGUCUAAACCUACUCCUGGCAUUUGAUGCCCUCUCUAUUUGGCUCUGUGACUUCUCUAGCUUCAUCUGUUUUUCCAAACACUUUCACUGCAGGAAGUUCUUCACUGUGCCUCCAUCUGAGCCUUUGCUCAAGCUGUGCUGUCUGCCUGAGAUGUCUUCCCCUCCUUUUAACUACUUGACAAAUACCUACACCUCUUCCAGGAUUCAACUUAAGCAUCACCUCCUCUCUAGAGCACCUUCUGACUGCCGGUCUCAAAUGAGUUCUCCAAGUAGACUUCUUCCUGCAAACCCACCGGCACCCAUUCCAUUUUCUUGUCUAGACUGGGCACUGCUGGUGGCCUGGGUUUUUAUCAUCUAUCACUGGCAGGCUGCACUGGGCGGGACCUACCACAUACUCCAGUAAAUGUUGAAUGAAGGGAGGAAAGAACUCUUGGGGCCAUCAAGGGGGCCUGGUGCAUUGGAGUUUGAUGAAUUUGGGUUAAGGUACAAACACCCCAAGUGCUGUUUGCUCUUGGGCAAGUCCUUAGAAUUCUGAGCCUCAUUUCCUCAGCUCUGCCUACCUGCAGAACAACACAAGUGAAGUACCUAGUGCAGAGCCUGCCUUACUGGAGGGGCUCAAAUACUUAGGCCCUCUCCACCAAGAGGCAGAAGAGGAAAGGUGUCCAGUAGUGAGCAGGUUAGGCAUGGAAAUGCAAGGGGGUUGAGCAGAAACCUCUGAGACCCCAGUGUGCUUGGAUUUCUAAAACUCCCGACUCGUGCUCUGUCCUGGAGCAAACUUGAGUUACAGAGAUGGGGGUGACACACCAAGUGUCGGCCAAAGCCAAGCCCUCCCCCACUGCCUGAAUGGACCAGCCCUGAGUGACAUCACAAUCCCAGGUGGUUGCCAUGGCACUACUGGGGGUGUGGGGGGGUGUCUCAUUUCUCCCCAGGGAGCUCUAGGCUGUGGAUGUGAGAAGGGGAGCAAGAGAGGCAGAUGGCGACAAGGAACAGCCCCAUGGCCCUGGGCACGGCUCAGGGUGACCCUGGAGAGGCAGGAACACGGCCAGGCUCUGAUGCCGGCCUCCGGGACACAGGUGCGGCCACUCAGCUCAAGAUGAAGCCCAGGAAGGUGCGCAAGAUCAAGGCAGUUGUCAUCGACCUGGGCUCCCAGUACUGCAAGUGCGGCUACGCGGGAGAGCCGAGGCCCACCUACUUCAUCUCCUCCACCGUGGGAAAACGCUGCCCCGAGGCGGCCGACGCUGGCGACACCCGCAAGGGGACCCUGGUGGGCCACGAGCUGCUCAACACGGAGACACCUCUCAAGCUGGUGAACCCGCUGAAGCACGGCAUCGUGGUGGACUGGGACUGCGUGCAGGACAUCUGGGAGUACAUCUUCCGCACGGCCAUGAAGAUCCUCCCCGAGGAGCACGCUGUGCUGGUCUCCGACCCUCCGCUCAGCCCCAGCAGCAACCGGGAGAAGUACGCAGAGCUCAUGUUCGAGACCUUCGGCAUCCCCGCUAUGCACGUGACGUCCCAGUCGUUGCUGUCCAUCUACUCGUACGGCAAGACCUCGGGGCUGGUGGUGGAGAGCGGGCACGGCGUCUCGCACGUGGUGCCCAUCUCCGAGGGCGACGUGCUGCCGGGCCUGACCAGCCGCGCCGACUAUGCUGGGGGUGACCUCACCAACUACCUGAUGCAGCUGCUCAACGAGGCAGGCCACGCAUUCACGGACGACCACCUGCACAUCAUAGAGCACAUCAAGAAGAAGUGCUGCUAUGCGGCCUUCCUGCCCGAGGAGGAGUUCGGCCUGGUCCCGGAGGAGCUGCGCGUGGACUACGAGCUCCCGGACGGCAAGCUCAUCACCAUUGGCCAGGAGCGCUUCCGCUGCUCUGAGAUGCUCUUCCAGCCCUCCCUGGCGGGCAGCACCCAGCCGGGCCUCCCGGAGCUCACGGCUGCCUGCCUGGGCCGCUGCCAGGACACGGGCUUCAAGGAGGAGAUGGCCGCCAACGUGCUGCUGUGUGGCGGCUGCACCAUGCUGGACGGUUUCCCCGAGCGCUUCCAGAGGGAGCUGAGCCUCCUCUGCCCCGGGGACAGCCCUGCGGUGGCUGCAGCUCCUGAGAGGAAGACCUCCGUGUGGACCGGCGGCUCCAUCCUGGCCUCCCUGCAGGCCUUCCAACAGCUCUGGGUCAGCAAGGAAGAGUUUCAGGAGCGGGGCAGCAUGGCCAUCUACAGCAAGUGCUGAGCCUCGGCAUCUCCACAGACAAGGCCUUCAGCACAGGUGGCCGCAGGCCACUCUGUACACAUUUACAGAAUUUCACAUAAAGCUUUACUCUGAAAUG